CGGGGGCUGGGCCCAGGCGCUGAGUACCGACCGAGCGACGGGCGCGGACCGCCGGCCGGGGACAGUAGCUGCACAGCGAGCGGUGGCGAUGGCGACCGCGAUGGCACCGACGGCGGUGGAGCGGGCGGUGCUGGAGGAGGAAUUCCGCUGGCUGCUGCACGACGAAGUGCACGCCGUGCUGAGGCAGCUACAGGACAUCCUAAAGGAAGCCUCUCUUCGCUUCACUCUGCCAGGCUCAGGCAUGGAAGGGCCUGCCAAGCAAGAGAACUUCAUUCUGGGCAGCUGUGGCACGGACCAGGUGAAGGGCGUGCUGACUCUGCAAGGGGACGCGCUGAGCCAGGCGGAUGUGAACCUGAAGAUGCCCCGGAACAACCAGCUGCUGCAUUUUGCCUUCCGGGAGGACAAGCAGUGGAAGCUGCAGCAGAUCCAGGAUGCCAGGAACCACGUGAGCCAAGCCAUUUACCUCCUCAACAACCGGGAUGAGAGCUACCAGUUCAGGACAGGAGCAGAGGUCCUUAAGCUGAUGGAUGCUGUGAUGCUGCAACUGACCAGAGCUCGCAACCGGCUGACCACCCCGGCCACCCUCACUCUGCCUGAGAUUGCCGCCAGUGGCCUCACGCGUAUGUUCACCCCUGCCCUGCCCUCCGACUUGCUGGUCAACGUCUACAUCAACCUCAACAAGCUCUGUCUCACUGUGUACCAGCUGCACGCCCUGCAGCCAAAUUCCACCAAGAACUUCCGCCCAGCUGGAGGCUCUGUGCUCCACAGCCCUGGAGCCAUGUUUGAGUGGGGCUCCCAGCGUCUGGAGGUGAGCCAUGUGCACAAAGUGGAGUCGGUGAUCCCGUGGCUAAAUGAUGCCCUGGUCUUCUUUACUGUCUCCCUGCAGCUCUGCCAGCAGCUCAAGGAUAAGAUCUCGGUGUUCUCCAGCUACUGGAGCUACAGGCCUUUCUAAGCAGAGCACCCAAGAGCCUGUCCCCCUGAGAAGUGGCCCCUACCCAGGGUGUCCCUGCCCCUACCAUACACACCCUGGAGUGCGGCCCAAGCCAGAGCCAGCACUACAGGCGAUUUACUUCCCUCCUUGCCUGUCCUGCCCGUCACAUUUGCACAGAUGGGAGUUGAACACUGGAACUUCUGGAAUGAAGGGAGGCUGACUUGCUUUUUGUUUUGGAUGGGGGUGGGUCAAGGAGGUGGGGUCAGGAGUUGGCCCACAUUCCAAUCCCUACCCUUUGGACUCAAGGUGGAGCCCAGCCCAGGGCUCUCCUUCCUCCCUGCUGAGCUGCCUGCCUGCUGAGCUGCCCCCAGGUGAGGGGCAGCUGCACUCCUCCUCCCGCUGGAAGGUGAGGAGUGGGUGGUGACCCUAAGCUGUGAGUUGGGAGGGAAGAAGGAAAGGGCAGACAGAAGCCACCUACCAUGAGCUGGGGUCCCUUGACUGUUUACUUAGCAAUCCUACCAGGGCCUCCAAGAAAUAAAGAUCAUCCAACUUUA